GGUAGGGCCUCGCAGUUGGGAUGUGUGGUUGCUGAGUUCCGAGCGAUUCUGCUCAGCGCCAAUAAUUCUUACAUAUCUCCAGAUGUUUGUCAAUUGUUAUUGAAUCCUUCGCGGGUUAAUUUUAGUGAAUUGUUCCCGCCCCGACAGUGAUUCAACUUUCUGUGAAGGAUGAAUCUGUCGAUCAGAAAUAAAAUUUAUUUUGUGUUACUCGGGGGAACGUAAUUUGAACUCGCCCUAAGCGUCCAUGAUCAAGUAGUUUCUAUGAGGCGACAGUGAGCAUAAUCUGUGUAUGAUCCGCAGUCCGCGCAUACGAUAUUGGAAAGAGGUUUCGUGAGCGUUCAGCGCGUUGUUACCUGGUAAGCAUGAUGCCUGACCAGCAUGUGGAAGGUUAACAUCAUCGUGGAGAUCUCGCUUCCCGCGCUGGGGCUCUUCUCUACGAGCGAAGGCUCCGUGCGACCAUGCGCCUAUGAAGAUUUCUACGGCGUGACAAAUUACUACCGUUGUCCGCGUCAAGAGGACGACCCCAGCAAGAUAUAUUGUUGUGGAAAUGAUUGGCAUGCGAAGUGCUGCGAGAAGCUGUACGGAUCAAAAAGUCUUAAUGAGAUCGAUGCCGUUUUUGGUAUCCUGGCAUUAGUAUUUCUUGCGCUUAUUCUGGUUGUCGUUUGUUGCUGCUGUUGCUUUUCUUGCUGCCUCCUCUACAGGAUGAGAAAGAAGCAACAAUUAGGUCGAUGUCGGGGGUUGCAUGUGGACACGGUUGUGGACUUUCCGAACAAUGUGCCCCUACCAGAAGGGACUAUUCUUGGGGCACCUCAGGGCACUACGGCUACCUCAGAUCAUCCAAUGACAGUUGUGAAGCUACGCGACGACGUGUUCGCUUCGAGUAUGUCGGAGGAUAAUCAUGCCCACCAUCAUCACAGUUCUGAUUUGAAUUCCGCAAUUGCUCACGUGGGGGUCAUGGAUCAUUCUCCGAGUCGGUAUAAUCAAACGGACACGAAGUGGAGCAGUAGCUCUGAAGGUCAUGCUGCAAUGGGUCAUGGUAUGAAGAUGUAUUUUCACGGGGGAUACGAAGAAAUCAUUCUCUUCAACGAAUGGCGAAUCAACAGCGUUGGAGAUUUGCUUUGGUCUAUGCUGGUCAUUUUCCUCAUGGGAAUGUCAUAUGAGGGAAUCAAAUAUUUUCGGGAUUACUUGUUCAGAAAAAAUGGUGCUCAAAUGGCGAACGCCGUUCGUGAGGAAACGAGGAAAGGAACAGUUACUCGUGGGACUUCCGCGGAAACAUCAUCGGAUCCGGAUGUCGCGUUUGCCGCGGUUCAUUCGAAGCCGCUCGUGACGCCGUUACACUUGAUCCAAACGGUUUUGCACAUCGUGCAGUUCGUUCUGAGUUACUGGCUGAUGCUCAUCUUCAUGACAUACAACGUGUGGCUCUGCUUGGCGCUCACGUGUGGCGCCGGCGUCGGCUACUUUGUGUUUGGGUCCCGACUCACGGUCGACGUGACGGACCACUGCGGAUGACAUGUCCCCGAACCCCUCUUCUGUCUGUUUGCCUUCUUCUUGCCUGCUUUGUCCAUUGGAUCGAACUCUUCGUGACGUGGAUUCAGUGUGACGUUCGUGUCCUUGUGAGGAUGAGGAUGCUGAGUGGUUUCCAUCUGGCACAAACAGCAUUGCACGUGGUUCAAAUGGUGAUGAGCUACUUUCUCAUGCUAAUCUUCAUGACAUACAAUGUCUGGCUGUGCACGGCAGUUGCAGCUGGAGCAGCUUGUGGGUUCUUCCUAUUCGGAUGGCAGAAAUCCUUGGUGGUCGACAUAACGGAGCAUUGUCAUUAGAAACAGGAGUUAUUCGGGAAAUUUAUCAUUCGUUGAUGCUAUUGCUGUGUUUGUGCUUGCCCUGUUAGAUGAUACAAGUUUAGAUGAAGGCUUUA